AUGAAGACAGCACUGGGCCUCAGUGUUGCGACCUCCGCGGCGCUGCUGCUCGACGGAGCCGUGGCAGCAACAUCUGGCAAAUUCAAUGUCCUGUCCAUGAAUGUCGCCGGUCUUCCUGCGAUACUCAACGGCAAUGAAGUGCCCGGAGACAAAGCAACAAACUCACGGCUGAUCGGGUCCAAGUUUGCCGAGUAUGGCUAUGAUGCCAUCCAUGUUCAGGAGGACUUCAACUACCACGCCUACAUCUACGCCACCGACAACCACCCGUACCGGACCGCCACAUCCGGCGGGGUCCCGUUCGGAUCCGGGCUCAACACGCUGUCCAAAUAUGACUGGGUCAGCUUCCGGCGCAUCAAGUGGGACCAGUGCUCCAAUGCGUCGGGCGCCGACUGCCUGACGCCCAAGGGCUUCACCUUCAUGCGCCUGGCGCUGUCCGGCUCGAGCGACAACCCCUCAACAGCUGUCUACGUCGACGUCUACAACCUGCACACCGACGCGGGCACCGAAGCCGACGACCUCACGGCGCGCCAAGCCAACCUCAACCAAGUGGCCGCCUACAUCGCCGCCUGGAGCACGGGCAACGCCGUGCUGGUCUUCGGCGACACCAACAGCCGCUACAGCCGGGCAGGCGACACCGCCGUGCGCUCCCUGCUGUCGAGCGGCUUCGCCGACCCGUGGGUGCAGCUGCAGCGCGGCGGCGUCGUCCCAACGCUAGAAAGCCUGUGCGACAACCCGAGCCGCAACAACACGUGCGAGACGGUCGACAAGAUCUUCUACCGGUCCUCGCCCCUGGUCACCCUGGCCGCGACGGCAUUCCGCUACGAGAGCGCCCGCUUCCUGCAGGCCAACGGCAGCAUCCUGUCGGACCACAACCCGGUGUAUGCCGAGUUUUCCUGGGCGACGACGACGACGACGGCAAGCUCUUCCCCCUUGCAGCUGCAGCAGAGCGCCUUUUUCGGAGGAGAUUAUGGGACCUGGUUUAGCGACGUCCCCACUCUCUCCAGCAAGACCACCACCACCAAGCCAAAGCCAGCCACCUUAACCUUCCGCGGCGCGUCCCGGCUGGACAGCGUAUCGCUCACGCUAACGGACGGCACGACCUUCACGCACGGCGGUACGGGCGGGACAGCCUCCUCGCUGGCGCUCGCGGGGGGCGAGUACUGGGUGCGGGUGGAGCUGUGCAAGGGGGAGAAGGACGGGCAUACGACGAGGAAUUUCUACAUCAAGGCGGUCACCUCGUCCGGACGCACUCUGGCGGCGGGCACGGCGACGGCCAGCUGUGCGACGUUUGCCGCGCCCGAGGGGUGGCAUAUUGUGGGGUUCUUGGGCCAGGCUGGGGAUGAGGUGGACCAGCUUGCUUUUGUUUACGCGCCGAAGUAG